GCACGCGUGAGUAUUACAAAUAAUCUGAGAUUGUAACUCAGAAAGAGAGGAGAGAUGGUGUUCUACUUCAAGGGGCGACCGGAGGCAGGAGAAUACACUAUCUUCAUGGGUUUAGACAAAUAUGAGAACGAGGACCUUAUCAAAUUCGGCUUCCCCGAAGACAUUUGGUUCCAUGUGGACAAGAUGUCUUCGGCCCAUGUUUAUCUCAGACUACCAAAAGGCCUGACCAUUGAUGACAUACCCGAGGGUGUAUUGGAAGAUUGUGCGCAGCUAGUUAAAGCAAAUUCCAUCCAGGGAAAUAAAGUGAACAGUGUUAGCAUUGUCUACACUCCCUGGCAGAACCUUAAGAAGACGGCUUCUAUGGAAGUCGGCCAAGUUGGUUUCCACAAUAAAAAAAUGGUCCGAACUAUGAAAGUGGAGAAACGAAUGAAUGAGAUAGUUAACAGGUUAAACAAAACAAAGGUUGAAAGAAAGCUAGAUCUAAAAGCUGAACGAGAGGCUGUCGAUGCAUCCGAAAUAGCAGAAAGGAAGCAUCAGCUGAGAGACACAAAAAGUCGAGAUGAGCUUGAAAAGCUCGAGAAGGAGAGACAGGCUGAGCUGAGAAGCUACAAGAAUUUGAUGGUCUCAGAGAAGAUGACAUCCAACAAGGACACGGCAUCAGCCAGCAAAUCCGUACAGGAAAUCGAAGACGAUUUCAUGUGAUAUUGAUCGCGUUUUUCACAAUGUAAAUACAAAGCCAUAUAUAUUGAUCUUCUUUAUGUUGAUAUGUAAGUAUAGAACAUGUAUUAUGUCUAGAAAUUGCUUUUGCUGCAAAUUGCCACCACUUUGUUACUGUUUGCUUAUGAAUGGUAGAAUAUUUUGUCAAGCUAUAACACUUCCUUUCCUUAAA